GGAUAUUAGAAAAGACUUUACACGUUUAUCACUUGUUGAUUUUCAGUAGUUCAUUCCGUCGGGAAAAAUGUCCAUUUUACGAAUAAUUUCUAAUAGAUAUUUUGUUCAAUGUCAGAAAUCUCUUCCUCUAUUAUGUAUUUCUUCUCGUUAUUAUGCAGAUAGUACUGAUUUAAAGUCAGUCAUGGCACAAAGAGUUAUUGAGCAUCAAAAACGAGUUAAAGAAUUCAGAGAAGUAUAUGGAAGUAAAGUAAUUGGUGAAAUAACUAUUGAGCAGGUUUAUGGUGGAAUGAGAGGAAUGAGAAGUUUAGUUACUGAAACAUCGCAUUUAGAUCCAGAAGAUGGAAUAGAAUUCAGAGAUUUCACAAUUCCACAAAUCAGAAAAUUACUUCCAAAACCACCUGGUGGAGGUGAACCUUUACCUGAAGGUCUUUUCUGGUUGUUACUUACUGAAGACAUUCCUACACCUGAACAAGUUAGGUCAGUUUCAAGAACAUGGGCAGAACGUGCUGAUGUACCUUCUCAUGUUGUGACCAUGCUGAAUAAUUUUCCAGCGCAUCUCCAUCCAAUGUCACAGUUUAGUGCAGCUAUUACAGCCUGUAAUACAGAAAGUGUUUUUGCAAAGGCUUAUGCUGAUGGUGUCCCAAAAGCUGUUUAUUGGGAGUAUGUUUAUGAAGAUGCUAUGAAUCUUAUUGCAAAAUUAACUCCUAUUGCUGCAAUCAUAUAUCGAAAUUUAUAUAGAGAUGGUAGCAGCAUAGGUGCCUUAGAUGUAAAUAAAGAUUGGUCUGCCAAUUUUGCUUCAAUGCUUGGUUAUGAUGAUUCUGAUUUCACAGAUCUGAUUCGUUUGUACUUAACCAUUCACAGUGAUCACGAAGGAGGAAAUGUGAGUGCACAUGCAACACAUCUUGUUGGUAGUGCUCUAACUGACCCAUAUUUAUCAUUUUCUGCUGGAAUGAAUGGUUUAGCUGGACCAUUGCAUGGAUUAGCUAAUCAAGAAGUACUAGUUUGGUUAACAAAAUUACAAAAAGAUUUAGGACUUAAUACCACAGAUGAUGAUGUACGGGAUUUUGUUUGGAAAACGUUAAAAGCUGGACAGGUUGUUCCUGGUUAUGGACAUGCUGUCUUACGAAGAACUGAUCCAAGAUACAUUGUUCAGAGAGAUUUUGCCUUGAAACAUCUACCAGAAGACCCAUUAUUUAAACUUGUUUCUCAGUUGUAUAAAAUUGUUCCACAAAUAUUGUUGGAAUUAGGUAAAGUAAAGAAUCCAUGGCCAAAUGUUGAUGCUCACAGUGGAGUUCUUUUACAGUAUUAUGGAAUGAAAGAAAUGCAAUAUUAUACUGUGCUAUUUGGAGUUUCUAGAGCUCUGGGUGUAAUGGCAUCACUGAUAUGGGAUAGAGCCCUUGGACUGCCAAUUGAAAGGCCAAAAUCUAUGACUACAGAUGAUCUAAUGAAACUAGUGGGAGCAAUUUAAGCACAUUCUAAUAAUUAAUACAACAUAAUUCUUUCCAUUAAAAUAUAUUGGAGGUAAAUUUAAUUAAAAAUAUAAUUUUGGUUGUAUAUGUAUUUUGUAAUUUUUGUAUAUACUUAACAAAUCAAUGUUUUUUUAUGCAUCAGAUAUAUCACCUUUAUAAAUAAAUUCAUGGAAAAAUAAAGCAUUUCUUAUUACUAGUUAUUUUAAUCCAAAAUAUGCAAUUUUUUGUGAAUAAUCACAAAGUGAAAGAAAUCUUGUAUAUAACAUUUGUCCCAUCUGUAUUUACAAAUUUAAUGAACAUA